GGGAGCGGUGAUUUGAGCUCCGAGCAGCUGGUCUUCGCGGCUCGCUCUCUCCUUCGCGCUCUCUCGCUCUCCGCCGCCGCCCGCAGGGCUGCGGGGCUCGGUGGCAUCUCUCGGGCGCGGCCCGCUGUCCUCGCCCCUGCCUCCGGCUGCUCCCGCCCCCGGCGCCGCUUGCUCCCCCCCCACCCGGACUCCCCCAUGUAUGACGACUCCUACGUGCCCGGGUUUGAGGACUCGGAGGCGGGUUCAGCCGACUCCUAUACCAGCCGCCCAUCUCUGGACUCAGACGUCUCCCUGGAGGAGGACCGGGAGAGUGCCCGGCGGGAAGUGGAGAGCCAGGCUCAGCAGCAGCUUGAAAGGGCCAAGCACAAACCUGUGGCAUUUGCUGUGAGGACCAAUGUCAGCUACUGUGGCGUACUGGAUGAGGAGUGCCCAGUCCAGGGCUCUGGAGUCAACUUUGAGGCCAAAGACUUUCUGCACAUUAAAGAGAAGUACAGCAAUGACUGGUGGAUCGGGAGGCUAGUGAAAGAGGGUGGGGACAUCGCCUUCAUCCCCAGCCCCCAGCGCCUGGAGAGCAUCCGGCUCAAGCAGGAGCAGAAGGCCAGGAGAUCUGGGAACCCCUCCAGCCUGAGUGACAUUGGCAACCGACGCUCCCCUCCUCCAUCUCUAGCCAAGCAGAAGCAAAAGCAGGCAGAACACGUUCCCCCGUAUGAUGUGGUGCCCUCCAUGCGGCCUGUGGUGUUGGUGGGACCCUCUCUGAAAGGUUAUGAGGUCACAGACAUGAUGCAGAAGGCUCUCUUCGACUUCCUCAAACAUAGGUUUGAUGGCAGGAUCUCCAUCACCCGAGUCACAGCGGACCUCUCGCUGGCAAAGCGAUCUGUGCUCAACAACCCCGGCAAGAGGACCAUCAUUGAGCGCUCCUCCGCCCGCUCCAGCAUUGCGGAAGUACAGAGUGAGAUCGAGCGCAUAUUCGAGCUGGCCAAAUCCCUGCAGCUGGUAGUGCUGGAUGCUGACACCAUCAACCACCCGGCACAGCUGGCCAAGACCUCACUGGCGCCCAUCAUCGUCUUUGUCAAAGUAUCCUCACCAAAGGUCCUCCAGCGCCUCAUCCGCUCCCGGGGCAAGUCACAGAUGAAGCACCUGACAGUACAGAUGAUGGCUUAUGAUAAGCUGGUUCAGUGCCCACCGGAGUCAUUUGAUGUGAUUCUGGAUGAGAACCAGCUGGAGGAUGCCUGUGAGCACCUGGCUGAGUACCUAGAGGUUUACUGGAGGGCCACCCACCACCCAGCCCCUGGCCCUGGACUUCUGGGUCCUCCCAGUGCCAUCCCCGGACUUCAGAACCAGCAGCUGCUGGGGGAGCGCGGCGAGGAGCACUCACCCCUGGAGCGGGACAGCUUGAUGCCCUCAGACGAGGCCAGCGAGAGCUCCCGCCAAGCCUGGACAGGGUCUUCGCAGCGUAGCUCCCGCCACCUGGAGGAGGACUAUGCGGACGCCUACCAGGACCUGUACCAGCCCCACCGCCAACACACCUCGGGGCUCCCUAGUGCUAACGGGCACGACCCCCAGGACCGGCUCCUAGCCCAGGACUCGGAGCACAACCACAACGACCGGAACUGGCAGCGCAACCGGCCCUGGCCCAAGGAUAGCUACUGAGUGCCUCCUGCUGCCCUCCCCUGGCAGGCGCAGGUGCAGCCGGCUGGGGUGCCCACUCCAGGCAGGAUGGAGGUAGACUGGCAUUAGGCUGGCACUAGGCUCAGCCCCCACAACCCCCUGCCCAGCCCCAGCUCCAGGGCUGCCUGUGGUCCCAAGGUUCUGGAGAAGCAGGGAGCCCCCUUACCUCCUGGGCACCAUGACCCCCCUAGGCUCCCAUCCCAGGUACUAGCUGUGUGUGCUGCACCCCGGCACCUUCCUCUCCUGCACAAGAAGCUGCCACCCCCCCUCCCCCGGGCAGUGCCCUCAGGCCAGGAUCCCCUUCGCCAGGGCCUUCCCACCACACUCAGGGAAGGGAUGCCCCCUCAAAGUGACAAGAGGGUGGGGGUGUGUGGGCAGCAUGGCAUGAGGAAGAAACAAGGUCGCUGAGCAGGCACGAGUCCUAACAGUCAAGGGACUCAGGGGUUGUGCUUUGGGGUCCGAGGCGCUCCACUCACCUCACUGCCACACGUUAGAAAUGAGACAGUCAGAGCCCAACAGGGUGACGCUCCCGUCCAUCAGCUGGGGCGAGGCACCCACACACAAGGCUGGAGCAGUCGGCCGGCGAGGCUGGGCCCAGAGGCUCCCCAGCGGCUCUCUUCACCUGCUGGGAAGGCUAACGUCUGACAGCACCAGAGACCGGAGCAUGGUCAAGCCAGACGGGUGGCAGACAGGAGCCAAGCCAGAUUGGGGGUUUGGGAAGGGAGGGCGUGAACAGCGGAGACUGUAUGGAACAGCUUCGGGGGCCUCCUUGCCUCCCUCAUUCUUUUGCUCUUGCAUCCUGUCAUUUCUGUUCUUGGCCCUCAUGCCUCCUGGGGAAUAUGGGCCCAACUUUAUUUGCUGAUUCAUAGCUGCUGCUUGUUAAAUUAGGGUUAGAUGGGGAGAGAGAGGACACAGUGGACAGCCCCCAGAGGCCCUGUCUACCCAACUACCCUUGCCUUACGGCUCUAGCGUGUGACCUACAGAGCAUGUUCCACAAGACCCCCACCUCACAGUCAUCACUAAUAAACACCAUGC